UCCCUCUCUUUGCCCCCCUCUCGACUGCCUGCUCUGGUCCACUGAUGCCAUGCUGAACAUCCAAGAGGCGCCUGCUGCAGAGACAACUGCCCUGCUGGGGGGAAUCCCGUCCGGUGUUGCCAAGCCCCACGAGCAACGUGCUCUGACUUGGUACUGGCCAUGGCAACCAAACUACUGGGCUGCCAUCCUUAUCAUCUUCCUAUCGAACCUGGCCAGCGGACCAACAAUAGCGUUGAUUGUCCCCUCCCUCAAGGAACUGUUCUGUGAACGAGGCAUCCCAACAUUAUUCCCGGUCCACAACAGCACUGGGCGUGGGAAUGAUGGCCAGGCUAGUCUGGCGCAGCUGACUGGAGAUCUUCCCAAUAAUGAUGAUGGCCAUUGCGAUUCUGCAGAGUACAGUGCCGCCAUCGCAAAUUUUGUCGGCAUCAGUUUGACGCUCACUGCUAUCCUUGUUGCGUUGACGAUUCGUUACUGGUCAGGACUAGGUGAUCGGAUGGGACGCAAACGAGCAAUGCUGAUCGGCGUCACUGGAUCUGCCUUUUCGUGCACCUUAGCUGUGCUGGUCCGCCUCAACAAGGGUAUGAGUCUUUAUUUCCUGCGGCUCGGUAACAUUUUGGAUGGAGCGACAGGCUCCUUGGCGUUGCUCGAGACCCUCGCGCAUGCGUAUGCGUCCGAUGUUACCCGCGCGGAGGAGCGGACCGUGGUGUUUGGUCGAUUAGUUGCUGGAGAGUUUGCGGGUCUCGCACUAGGAUCUAUCCUUGGAGGAAUGGUUGCCAAGCAGUUUGGGUUAACCGCUGUCUUUGUUUGGUUGAACCCGGCUCUCGUUAUCCUCAAUAUCUUCUGCAUCUCAAUGAUCCCAGAGUCCCUGACAGUAGCUUCAUUGGACAACAAACGCAAGCAGCAGAUUCAGUCGAGUUUUGAGCAAGGGGAGCAAGACGGAUGCCAGAACGGGUCUGAUCCAAGGAAUUUGGAGCCGUUCAAAGACACAGAGCCUCAUUCACAAUAUCUGAAAGCACUUAUCAAGAGACUCACUCCUGAGCAGCUGCCUGACCGACUCGCUGGCGAAUACAGCGUGCUGAUGCUCAUGAUUACCUCUUUCAUAGCCCUUGUGGCCAUUAUUGGUGUAAACUCUAAUAUUUCAACGUACCUGCUAUACCGGUUCCGUUGGUCCGAGGCCAGGUUGAGCUCUGUUAUGGCCGUCAUAGGUUUAAGUCGACUGGUGUCUUUGACAUUUCUGUUGCCCCGCUUCAAGCGACUGGCUCCCCAAGACGCCCUUACCGACCCUGUGGCCAGCAUCAGCUUUGACCUAAAGCUCGUGGUCAUUGGUUUGCUGAUUGAGUCCUUGACAUUUUUCUUAUAUGGUGCCACGCCUGUAGGAGAAGGCUUUUAUCUCGGAGGAGUGCUCAGUUCCCUUGGGACAAUGUUCUCCCCCGCUAUUCGGGGCAUUAUCUCACAGUCUGUGGCACCCGAACUAUUAGGCGAGACCCUGGGGACAUUGGUCACGUUCGAAGUGCUGUCAGCGGCGGUGACGCCUUUGCUCUCUGGGUGGUUUUAUGGGAUAACACUAGAAAUCUGGCCUUCAGCGCUUUUUUAUGCAUCGGGUGUCCUGGGUCUCUUUUCGUGUGCUUUAGCCUUGUCUGUGUUCUUUAGUCAUAUGCGAAUUACACACGAUCGAGUGUAGAUAGAUAUUAGAUACACUGUCAAUAUACAUAUCCACUUUCAGCUGAGAGAUUAAAUACCGUACUAAAGUACCUCUGUUCCG